GGCUUGCCCAACCCUGCCUUCAGCAGCCCCAUCGCCGAAGCGAUGAUCACGAACGGGCUGCUUUGGGACAUGGGGACGAGUAAGGUGUCGGAGAUUAUCGGCCAUGAGGUCAAGGACUACCAGAAGGCAGUCGUGGAGUCGCACAUCCUAGAGAGAGUGAAUGAGGAUACUGCCCCAUCGCCAGCGACGCCUAGUUCGAUCUCCAUCGCCAGUGGAAGCGUUGCGUCGGGCUCUUCAGCACAGACCCUGCAGAGCACCGAGAAGCAGAAAGGCAAGGGCCGCGGUCGUGGCAAGGGCAAGGGGUCGCCAGCUGCAAAGGUCCAUGAGGUGCAAGAGGUGGGGAAGACCUAUGCCGAGAGCGUUGACUACCUCAUGGGCUACCUUAGGAAGAUCAACGCGGACGACCCCCACAUUGAGACCCACAAGAAGUUGUUCACGUUCGCUGCCCUGAGGGGGCAAGUCAUCUUGGACGGCAAGGCCGUCGGGAAGGAGCAGGUCGUGAAGAAGUUCAGCAUGCUCAGGAAGAUCAUCAAGAGGCAGGUGUACAACACUGCGAAGCUUGCUGGCCCUCGGGUUACCGACGUUGGCUUCCCGCAUGGUUUGGGUCCAACCGAUGGUGGCGAUGCUUCGCAAUGCAGGUCGAUCGCUAAUAUUCCUGAGGAGGUCGCCGAGAACAUGAUGGUAGAGCAGCUGCCUUUCGUCAAGAAGGUCCUGGACUACUUCAAGAUGAACCCGAUAUCUGCCAGCAUCGACUGCCACAUGGCGCCAGCGAGGAUCUCCAACGAGGUGAUGAUGGAGAUGUGGACUUACACCGACGCAGACACGACACCUACGAAGCUGCUGGUGGAAGGCAUCGUGCCGACGACGCGUGCUAAGGUCUUGCAGGUUCUCCCGUGCGAGUUCGACGAGGCGAUCGACCAGUGCGAGGCUCUGCUCCAGAAUAAUGAAAGUGUCAAGCAGCGGGUUUCCGAGAGCGGUUCACAACUGGAGGCCUUCAAGGAGGUGCUCAACAUGAAGAUCAAUUCGGCCGUCGCGAAGCACGUUCGAGUGCAGCUCCUUGCCAAGGUCGUUCAGCACUUAGGGACGAUGAACUUCAAGCGUAAAGUUGGGGAUGAGGUCAAGAUGGAUCCAUGGGUAUCGAGCUUCGUCAGUUCCUUGCUGAAGGUUGCGUGCGAGUCCCACGCCGUCAACUCCAAGAUGGCCCCCGUCAUGGCUGAUGACGUGACCAAGAUGACCCCCGUCAUAGAGAUCUACACGAAGGCUGCCAUGCCAUGGGAUGAGUUCGUGAAGGUGUGGAUCGAUAAGAUUAACAAGAUGUCCCAAGUGAUUGCGGAGGUCGACGUCGACGGCGUCAGGAAGAGCCACGACGCCACCAUGGAUGAGUUGAAGAAAAUGGACAUGGCACAGCUUUCCCGAGCUAUGUGGGCGCAAUUCGAGAGCACGUUCGAGUACGGCAUGACGAAGGCUAACGCCAUCUCAGCCUACCAGAAGCAGUACAACGUGACGGGGUUGCAGAACGCGAAGUUCCAGAAGGAGCUCGCGGUGCUCGAGUGGCUCAGCGGGGGCACCGUCGGCGCGGCGAAAGCAGACGAGGAGGCGGAGUUCAAUAUCACUGGCGUUGAGGAGAGGCUCUUGGUUGGUAAGGUGCAGACGCACCUGAACGAGCUCAACAUGAUGCACGUGCAGAACGGCUUCGAGGGGUCCGACAAGCCCGACGCCGACAUGAUCCAGUGCGGCAAGGAAGCGCGCCCCGUGCUGAGCCAGACGUCCGAGGGCAAAGUCGCGAUCCCAUACUGGGGCCGCGUCCAGACCCAGGCAUACGGGCAGACGAUGCACCCCAAGAACACGAUUCCCAUGGAGGUCGCGGUGGAUGGCACGCCUGAGGUCAAGAGCCUCCUCUUCCUCGACGGCCUCCUGUACAAUAACGGGGAGUCGACGGAGUUUUGCCCAGCGUGGAUCGCCGCUGUCUGGGCUCCGCCGAAGAAGGCGAAGGAGAAAGAGGGCGCCUCUGCAAAGGGCAAGAAGCGCAAGGCUGAGGAGUCCGUCGUCGAGCGCGGGCCUCUGGCUAGCCACGUGCUGAAGUACACGGUCCAAUCGUUCGAGGUCGGUGCGAAGAAGUACAACGUGUCCAUCCCCGUGCCGGAGGCGGCCGACAUGCAGUCGACGGCGCCGUUCCCUGUCAUCCGCGGGAGGGUGGGCCGCGACGACUGCGAGAAGCAGGAGGCCAUCCGCUCGGGGAAGGCUGGCUUCGCCCAAGGCUGA